AGCUGGAAAUUAAUUUGGUCGAUUUUAUCGUCGUCGUGCGUAUGUAACUACGUGGUGAAUGCAUAUUUCUGAAAAUGGGAAUUGAAAUUUGUCCUCUGGCUGAGCGGGAGGUCCUACAAAUGAGGCGAUAAUUCAAGCGGUAUCUCUUCGUUGGAUGUUGGAUGUGGAUGUUUCGAUCCGUAAUCUUUAGAAAGCAGCUAGAAUUCUCUUAUCACCCACAAUAAACGGAGAAUGUGGACAUGACCAAGUGCGCGAAUGGAUCCGGAUUCUUUGAACUCCAAGUGCUCGAGAUGGCCAACCCUCGGUCCGAGCUAACGACAGGGCAGUGCUGUGGGGGGGCCGUCCGCAACCCCCUCACCUCGCGUUGCACCACCCCUUGUAACACUUUCUUCCGGCUGUGCCUCAAAGAGUACCAGAGCAACGUGACGAGCACCGGUACUUGCUCCUUCGGGAACACCUCGAGCAGCGUGCUAGGACAGAGUUCGUUCACCUUGGCCGAUCCAGAAAGAGGGAAGCUGGUGCUGCCUUUCUCGUUCAGAUGGACGAGAUCCUUCACGCUUAUCCUGCAGGCUGUGGACCACAACAACUUCACAUCACCAGGUACUCAAGAAAUCAUAGACGAAGCUACUUAUUCCGGAAUCAUAGAUCCUAGUGCUGAGUGGCACACUCUCAACCACCGAGGACCGAGGGCUAGUUUAACGUACCGGGUGAGGGUGAAAUGUGACACCCACUAUUAUAACGCCACCUGUACCAAAUUCUGCAGACCGAGGGAUGAUAAAUUCGGUCAUUACAUAUGCGACGCCAACGGAGACAAGGAAUGUAUCGAUGGAUGGAAAGGAGCGACUUGCGAUGUUGCGGUGUGCAAGCCAGGAUGUCAUCCGCUACACGGAAAAUGCGACAACCCAGGAGAAUGCAAUUGCCGACCAGGAUGGCGAGGGGAUUUCUGUGAUCAAUGUGAGCCAUAUCCUGGCUGUAAACAUGGAUAUUGCAACGGAUCUUCCUGGCAAUGUAUAUGCGACACAAACUGGGGUGGAAUACUUUGUGAUCAAGAUUUGAACUACUGCGGAACCCACGAACCGUGCAUGAGCGGAGGUACCUGCGAGAACACCGCGCCAGACAAAUACAUGUGCACUUGUCCAGACGGAUUUUCGGGGAUAAACUGCGAGACUGUGGACAACCCAUGCGCUCCAGCCCCUUGUCUACACGGUGGCACCUGUUUGGAAGAAGGAGGAUCUUUCAGUUGUGAAUGCGCACCUGGCUGGACCGGUCCUACCUGUAAUAUAGAUAUAGAUGAAUGCGCUUCAGCUCCAUGUCAGAAUGGCGGAACGUGUGUCAAUCUUGAGGAUUCCUUCAAGUGCGAUUGUCCACCAGCCUGGGAGGGAAAUGUCUGUCAGUUCGAUGCUGAUGAAUGUUUAGCACACCCCUGCAUCAACGCUUUUUCCUGUACUAAUUUGGUUGGAGAUUAUCUCUGUAAAUGCAGGGUGGGUUGGAUGGGAAAAAACUGCGAUCAAAACAUCAACGAUUGCGUUGGACAGUGUCAACAUGGGGCAACUUGCAUAGAUUUAGUCAACGACUAUCAUUGUGCCUGCCAACCGGGAUACACAGGCCGGGACUGCGCCACUGACAUAAACGACUGCGCUUCCAACCCUUGCAAGAAUGGGGGUGAAUGCGACGACUUGGUCAAUGGCUACAGGUGCAUCUGCCCUGUGGGUUUCACCGGGCAUGAAUGUGAGAACGAUUACGAUCACUGCAGUCCAGAUCCAUGUCAAAAUGGCGCAUCGUGCUUCAACACCCAGCAGGACUACUAUUGCCAUUGUCCUGAAGGAUGGCAGGGUAAAAAUUGCAGCCAACCUAGAUUGCUAUGCGACAAUCCACCUUGUACAGAUAUAGCUUUAGGAAACUGUGAUGGCAUCUGCGGUGACCACGGAAGAUGCGUCAGCCUAACAGGAAUCGGACAUUCAUGCCAAUGCGAACCAGGCUACACUGGGAAAUACUGCCAUGAGAAUAUCAACGAUUGCAAGAUAAACCCUUGCGAAAAUGGCGGAACUUGCGUGGAUAAAGUCAAUGCAUUCCAGUGCAUAUGCAAGGAGGGGUGGGAGGGUGCUCUUUGCAAUAUAAAUACUGACGAAUGCAACCCCAACCCAUGCAGAAACAACGGUACUUGCAUCGAUGGUAUAGCCGAUUUCGAAUGCGAAUGCAAAAACGGAUGGAAGGGUAAAACCUGCAGUUCUAGGGACAGCCACUGUGAUCACAACACUUGCAAAAAUGGGGGUACUUGCCAAGACCUAGGAAACACCUUCGUAUGUCGCUGCUUAUCAGAUUGGGAAGGUACAAUGUGCCAUAUAUCCAAGCAGGCUGCUUGCAGAUCUAGUCCUUGCCUCAACGGAGGCACUUGUGUCAAUACAGAUGAUUACUAUAGGUGCAUAUGUCGGGAUGGUUUCCAAGGUAACCAUUGUCAAGAUGACGUGAAUGAUUGUCAACCUCAACCAUGCUAUAAUGGAGGAAAAUGCAUAGACGGUGUCAACUGGUUCCUUUGCGAAUGCGCAGCCGGUUUCACGGGUCCAGACUGCAGAAUCAACAUAAACGAAUGCGCAUCAAACCCUUGCGAUUACGGCGGAACUUGCAUAGAUGAGAUUGGCGACUAUCGGUGUAUCUGCCCUCCAGGGAGACACGGCAAAAGAUGCAACCUGGAUAAUAUUUCCUACCUGCCUUCUCCGGGUAGCUGCUUAUGGGGUGGGCAGAAUUUGGAUAACAACAUGACGUGGCAGCAUGAGUGUAAUACAUGCAUUUGUAACAAUGGAAUUGUCAAGUGCACCAAGAUUUGGUGUGGACUGAGUAACUGUCGCAACAGUCAUCCAACCACCAUUUGCAACUUGAAUCAAGUUUGCGUCCCUUCCUCUGCCGAGUCGUGCCUGUCUCCACCCUGUCAAGCUCAUGGAGAAUGUAGGGAUUUGGAAGGAGGGCGAAGAGUAAAGCCUCCACAGCUUCCAAGUCCUCCAAGCUGUUGGCCUAAUCAAGCAACCUUGAGUAACACCUGCGCACGGUUAACUUUACUUUUUGAUAGGAUGAAGUUACCAGCAGGUGUAACUGUUGAAGGAAUUUGCCUAGACCUCAGGAGAUUACUGGCAACCCAGCAAGCAGCUUCGGGAUUGCAAGAAGAACUGAUACUUCUAUGUGACCUCAAGUUAGAUUACAAUGACACCAUUGAAGUCACAUUGUUUGGUGAUAAAGGUGUUCUAGAUGGUAUAAGAGUUAUAGGUGAAGCCAUAUCAAGAAAACAAACAUCUUUACUUGCUCUCACAUCUAUAGUCGAAGUUAAAGUUGAAACAGCAUUAGUUUCUGAAGAAAAGCCUAGUAACAAAUACUUGAUAGUACUUAUUUGUUUCAUCCUCAUCGCUAUUGGUGCAGCAGUAGUAUUGUCGCUUUUAUAUCUAAGGCACAAGAAGAAAUCCUUAGGAAUGAGUGGCGUGAACUUAUCGCCAUCAGCGGAUUCAUGCCAUAGAAAUCACGAAGAUGAGAAAUCAAAUAACCUUCAAAACGAAGAGAACCUCAGGAGAUAUACCAAUCCCCUGAAGGACGACAUUGGAAGUAUGGGAAGUAUAAAUUCUACUGGAGCUUGCGGUAUGGACAUGCCCAAAGUGAGUGUUGUGCGGCCCCUAAGUUCAAUGAUUCCAAUGGAGAGUUCCAGUGAAAUGUUAGAAAUGAUUUCUGAAGUUGAUUGUCCAGGGUCAAGAAAAACAAUGCUUGUGAUGCCUGGUACAAGUUCAGAUACUAACAGUCUCAAAGGUUACAACUUGAAUGAGAGCAUCAAGGGUGAUGGCCUGAGUCCUGCUCAUCGUAGCAGUCAAAUUAUGCUUUAUAAAGCUCAAAAUCCUGAUGUUCGAAAAAAUACGGCUGCCUUUGAUGAUUCUUCAGGUCAUAAAGAUUUCAGUAAAAGUAUUAUUAAUGUGAAUAAGCAACGGACUUCCCAAAACACUUCACAAAACAGUUCAGACGUUUUGACAGUGCUUGUUUAAUGUGUAGUGGGCCAGUGAAAAUACAAUGAUAACUAUGGAACAUAUUUGACAGUUCAAACUAAUUUUACAGUGAUAAAUUAAAAGAAGUUUUAAUUUUGUGCAAUUUUAGUUCUAGUUUUACAACUUCAAACUUCAAAAUGGGAAUAGCAAAAUUUUUUCAAAACUUUUCUAGUUUAAAAUUUUUGUUUCCAACAUAAUCAAAGCCUCUGCUGAUAUGAAUUUUGAACAAUGUUAUGAACACAAGAAUUGUACUUUCAGUGACUUAAAAUCACCUUGAUAUUACAUAUGUCAUUUGAUAACAUUAAGGUAUUUCAAACAAUUUUCAUCAUCAUGAACUUCUCAAGCUGACUAAAAAAAUAUCAGUGAUCUCGUGAUUUCAAGAAGAAAGACACCUGGUGACAACACUCUGUAAUUAACCUAUAGUGUGAUAUUAAAUAAUAAUAAUUGUUUUUUUUUUAUAAAUAUUGUUAGACUUUGAAAUUAUUUUUAUUUAAAUGCAAUCAAAUAUCUCAUUUUAUGAAAUUGUAAAUACUAAUUUUGUGUUUGUCUAUUUAUAUUAUUUCGUAUUUGUUCCUGAUUUUUUAUAUAUUUUAAUUACUUUAUCUAUAAUUCUAAGAUUAAUAUAUAGUGUAAAUUGAAUUUUCAAAGGUGAAGCAUUAUUUACAAAACAAUGUCAUUGAACAUAAUGUGCUACUUAUUUAUAUGUCCUAACACCAUAACAUGGAAUUAACACUCAUCACUUGAACAGAAUAUUCAAUAUUGCAAUAUCAUUGUUUUGUAGUUUCAAAGAUGCUUUGCUGAAAAUGACUAUUGUACAUAUGUAUAUAACAUUCAAAAUAUCAUAAUUCAGUAUUGAGAACUAAUUAUAAUACUCAUUUUAAGACUUGUGUUGUAAGGCUCUACUGGUAAUAAUUUGCUGAUCAUUAUCAUUUUGCAAUUUAGUUUGGAAGAUUUUGAACAAUUGGAAGAAUAUCAACAAGAGUAUUGCCCUUUGAGUCCUUGAGAAUACAUUCUUUUUCUCUUUAGUGUACUUACUUAUAAGUGCAGUAAAUAUAUAAUAUAAGAAAAUAUGUUGGAAUAGUGCCUUCGAUCAAAUAGUCCAGAGAUAUUUGUAACUAUUUGUUUUUGUUCAAAGAUGAAUGUAAAUUUUGUAUAAAUUCUUUCUAUUUUUACAAUAUGCUUGUGUAAUUAAAUGAAAUGAAACGUGAAAGCUUCUGGAAAAAUGAAAUAAAGAAAGACUUUGAUUA